CCCUCUCCAAUGCGGGUCAAGAAUCAAGGAAAGCCUCGCUCGGAAUUUCAUGCUUGUUUUUCCAUCCAUUUCGUUGCUACAGUGCCUGUCGCCUCCGUCCUCUCGGUGACAGAGAUCUGACGGCGGCCAGCCAUCAUCAAGAGUCUUCGGUGAAUCCAGGGGUUUGGAUGCUUGCUGUUGUUGCUUGCUUUCGACGGGGCGUGGGAAUUUUCGAUGGGAUUGCAUGGAACUAGUGCUUGGAGGACCCGUCUUCUAUGAUCCAACUUGAAGAGCCUAGCUAUGAAGAGCGGUGAUCUUCGUCUCGUCUGCAAAGAGCCAAGAGUCAUGGAUUAUACUCCGUGCGACUUGGAAAUCCAAGUGAACGAGGAACACGCAUUCUUUCUACGCCAGAAACCUCUCGCUGCUUACUCUGGUCGGCUCUCAAAGAUAUUUAGGCGUUUAACUCUAAGAAGCGAUGGUAGUGGUCUGCCUAGGAUACUUCUUCACGACUUUCCAGGUGGGGGUGAGGCCUUUGAACUGGCCACUAGAUUCUGCUACGAUGGCGGACGGAUCGCCAUCUCCAACUCCAACGUCUCCGUGCUCAGGUGUGUUGGGGAGUUUUUAGAAAUGACGGAAGCUUAUGCUCGGGGAAACUUGGUUAAACAGGCCGAGAUGCAUCUCCAAAACCUGGGAAACGACUGGGAUAGCAAUCUUACAGUGCUCAAAGGUUGCGACGCGGUGCUGCCGCUGGCGGAGAAGACCCAUAUUGUCCAGAGGUGUGCGGACACCAUCGCCUGGAAGAUUUGUAGCAGCUUGGAAGAUAUGAGCCCGCUCUCCUCCUCUCCAGACUCUUACCGGCUUCACAGCGGCAGCAUUUCUCGAAGGUCUUCCCUGUCAACGAAGAUUUCGCCCAGCCGGACGUGGUGGUUUAGUGAUGUCUCAUCGCUCUCGGUUUUCCUGAUGGAGAGACUGCUCAAGUCACUGAUCUACAACGACUUGGACAACAAGCUCCUGGCCAGGUUUUUGAUGCACUACUUGAAGACUGCUGUCCCUCUCCAUCUCUACAGCGGCUUCUCUGCAAAGCUGAGGUCCGCUCGCGAAGAAACUUUACACAACCGCUCGAAGAAGGUUCACGUAGCAGUCCUCGAGGCCAUUGUCAACCUCUUCUUCCACUUGGAGCGGGGGUCUACAUCCUGUCGGUCUCUCUUCAUCAUGCUCAGAGUGGCGACCGUCCUCAACGCCAGCAAACCGUGCAAACGGCAACUAGAGAAGAUGAUCGGCUCGCAGCUACACGACGUGAAUCUAGACAGCAUCCUGCUGCCUUUGUAUCCCCGCUCCGGCUCGCUCUUCGACGUCGACUUGGUCAUCCGCCUGGUGGAGUACUUCUUCCGGGAGCAGGACUCGAGGGGAGCUCUGUGUCUCAAGCAGCAAAAUCCACCGGGAGACGACGCAGCAGUGAUGGAGACGCCAGUGACUAGAGUCGGAGACUUGAUCGACACUUACCUCGCGGAGAUUGCCCCGGACACAAGCUUGAAAGUACACAGGUUUCGCAGGCUUGCGCAAGCGCUACCAGCGUCAGCGAGGUGGACUCACGAUGGCCUCUACCGAGCGGUGGACUCCUACUUAGAGGCACAUCCCGACGUGAUGAGCGCGGAAGUUCUAUCCCUUUGUCAGGUGCUGGAUGUUGGAAAGCUCUCGCUCGAUGCAUGCAAGCACAUCGCAAAGAACCCGAGGCUGCCGUCAAAGUUCGUGCUGGAAGUUCUCGCGUUCCAGCAGGGCCGGCUUCGAGAAUGCAUCGUCAGAUCGGACCACAGGGGCUCGAGAGGUGGAAGCCACCGAAGAACGCAGUCGGACAUCCCGGAUCAAAGCGCUGGAACACACGAGCUCCUCCGCACCGAUCUGGAUCAAAUCCAUUUUAAGGUUGGAGAGCUGGAGAAGGCGUGCAAGAGCAUGAGGUCGGACGUUUCCAGGUAUAACAGGGCUGCGCGAAGACUCUUGUGCUGAUCGCGUGGCGGCGGACGAUCGAAGAAGAUAUCCAGAGAGAAAUCUCUCAAAGUUUCCUCAAGAACUUGUUCUAGUGUAAAUAGACAACCAAUUAAACGCUCUUGGAAUCUUUUGGAAUCUUUUAAGAGUU